GCAAGUACUCAUCCUUACUGCAGCCCUGGUAGCUCUGGCCCCCUCCAUCCCUUACCUGGGCACCCCUGCCCCUCUCUGGGCACCUAUUCCUCUCUCCUCCACAGAUGCUGAGCCUGCUGUUUGUGACUCUCUGCCUUGUGGGGAGCUCUGCUGCUCACCCUCCAGCACCGGCCAUCGAGAAGGAGCUGGUGGGCAUCGUGGGGGGACACAAUGCCCCCAAGGGGAAGUGGCCCUGGCAGGUCAGCCUGAAGAUGUACAGCUACUACUCAUCCGCCUGGGUGCACAGAUGUGGUGGCUCCCUCAUCCACCCACAAUGGGUGCUGACCGCUGCCCACUGCAUUCACCAUAGAAAUGCAGACCCAUCAACCUACCGCAUCCUGGCUGGGGACAUAUACCUCUAUGGGGACCAGAAGCUCUUGAGUGUGAGCCAGAUCAUUGUCCAUCCAGACUUUGUUUAUGCUCAUUUGGGUGCAGAUGUAGCAUUGCUACAACUGGCAGAACCUGCGGAUUGCUCUGCCAAUGUCAAGCCCAUCAAGCUGACCUCCUUCAAUCAUGAGGUCACCCAGAAGGAUGAGUGUUGGGUGACGGGGUGGGGUGAUCUGAGAUAUUUUGGAUGGCUGCCACCACCCUUCCACCUGCAGCAGGUGAACGUGCAGGUGGUUGAGAACGCUCUCUGUGAGGAGCUGUACCAGAAUGCUUCCAGGUAUCACCAUAAGGAUGGAAGGAUCAUCCAAAAUGACAUGCUGUGUGCUGGCAGUGAGGGCCGCGACUCCUGCCAGAGUGACUCUGGUGGCCCACUUGUCUGCAAGAACUCGGGGUCCUGGACCUUGGUGGGAGUGGUCAGCUGGGGCUAUGGCUGUGGCUGGCGUGACAUUCCUGGCGUAUAUGCUCGUGUUCAGUCCUAUGUGCCCUGGAUCAAGCGGCAUACUCGGAUUUCCUCUUGAGCCUGUUCUACUGGCUUCUUCUGGUCAGCCAAGGAGGAGCCUGCUGCCUUCCUCCCAGCGCCUGGGCCUGCUGCUUCUGCUCCUGCCUGACCCAAGAUUCACCUUUUCCUCUGGCAUCCUUGGAGUCCUGACUUCCAUGAACACUUGCAGGCUGAGGCCCUGUGCCUGACUCUUGCUGUCUGUCCCUGAUGGGAGGGUAUAAGCUGUGUGAGGCAGGAGCUUGAGCUCCAAGGCACUGGUGCCCGAGUUUGUUUGCACCCAGCUGUUGGAGGACUCCUGGGAUAUCUCUGCUUUCUGCCUAUCCUGAAUAAAGGCACU